CACAUCAGCUGCUGAACUCCUGUGCUGAGAGGAGAGGCUGAAAUGCCACCCAAAAGGUGACACACACACAGCUCCGGUGAGGAAUUGUCCACUCGGACACAGCGAUGCUUUUCCCGGCGUGGAUCCCUCCUGCCCACCCCGCAGGUGACCCCAGCGAGCUCUGACCGAUGAGCAGGACACUGGAAUUAACUCCCCCCGUGCCAAACUGCCCGUGAUGAGCCGGUGAGCGGAGAUUCCAGGGCUGUGACAAAAAAAAUAUUUAUUUUUAUAUUUCCUUUGGAUCCCGAGCCCCCCUGGCUGCAGCACAGGCGGGAUGGACCCGUGAGGAUGCCGGGGCUGAGCACGGAGCCGGAGCACAACCAUGAACAGCAUCUCCAACUGCAGCGAGACAGACCUCAAGCCCUACUACGCCGUCACCUACACGGUGAUCCUGAUCCCCGGGCUCAUCGGCAACACCCUGGCCUUGUGGGUCUUCUAUGGCUACAUGAAAGAGACUAAGAGGGCUGUGAUAUUCAUGAUCAAUUUAGCCAUUGCUGACUUGUCACAGGUGCUGUCCUUGCCCCUGAGGAUUUUUUACUACCUGACGGGCACGUGGGAGUUCGGGGGAGGUCUCUGCAUGCUCUGCUUCUACCUGAAGUACGUCAAUAUGUACGCCAGCAUCUACUUCUUGGUGUGCAUCAGCGUGAGGAGGUACCUGUUCCUCAUGCACCCCUUCAAAUUCAGUGACUGCAGGCGUGUCUGCGAUGUCUACAUCAGCAUCGUGGGCUGGGUCGUGGUCUGCGUGGGCUGCCUGCCUUUCCCCCUCCUCAGGAUGCAGCACCAGCAGGAUAAAAACGCCUGUUUUGUGGAUCUUCCCAUCAAGAAACUCGACCUGCCCACCUCCAUCACGCUGAUGACCAUAGGGGAGUUGGUGGGGUUUGUGACCCCCCUGCUCAUCAUCCUGUACUGCUCCUGGAAGACAAUCCUGUCACUAAAAGAGAGGCACUCUGCUUCCCGGGACCUGGGCGAGAAGAAGAAGGCUUUAAAGAUGAUCCUCACCUGCGCCCUGGUGUUCCUGAUCUGCUUUGGACCUUACCACAUCAGCUUCCCCCUGGAUUUCUUUGUGAAAACGGGGCAGAUCCAGGAGGGCUGCGUGCCCAUCUCGGUGUUCCACGCCGUGGCUUUGUGCCUCGCCAGCCUCAACUCCUGCGUGGAUCCCAUCAUCUACUACUUCACCACGGAUGAGUUCAGGAGACGCCUCUCCAGGCAGGACCUGCAGGACAGCAUCCAUCUCCAGCACCUCAGCCACGGCAGGAGGCACUCCAGGGAUGUGCUUGGGGAGGACACCAUGGAAUACUGAUUCCCAGCACUCCCAAUGUUCAUUACAGUUUGGCCUUUGCCACAGUUUUUUUCCCUCAGGACACUGAGAACAACAACUAAAACUUCUGCUUUCAGUGAGGGUUGGAAUAAACAAACAACUCCCACCCUCAGAAAUACCCAAACCUGACCAAAAAGGUGUUGAUUUAAUACUUCAGGUGCACAUUUGCACUGAAUAGAAAUAGGAGCAUUUCCAUUCCUCAGCAGGGCAGCAGGAGGUCACGAACCCAUGGGAGAGGUGACCCAUGUCCCUCUGUCACCCAUGGCAUCACCCAGCCACGUCCUGGUCAGCAAGAAACAGCAAAGAUUCUGGGGUCUUGCCGUGCAGAAAGAAUUUGAUCCUAAAAAUCACUGGAUGCCACAACAUUCCCUGUUUCUGAAGCACAAGACAAUUCAGCAGAGACUGAUUCUCCAUGGAGUGCCCAGAGCCUGCUCCAGCCGUGCUGAGCAUGGGGUGAGCAGCAGAAGGUGGCCCCAAAGGAUUUCCCAUUUAAAUAAUUAAUGAAGCCUCAUUUGGGGGCGUAGCAAAUGCCAUCACCCCAAAUCACACAGCCAGGGAAGUUCCACACAUUAUUUUUCUGCCAUCAGUUCCCACUUCUGGGUGCAAAGACAAGGCUUAGAGCCAGGCCUUGGGUUUUGAACCAUGGGGUUGUGCUUGGGGGGUAUUUAUUCAAGCCAUGUGUCCAUCAAGCCAUUCAAGGUCCUCUUUUCACCAAAAAUGGGGCAAAUUAUUUUCCUUUCACUGAUAACUGACCCACAGCCAUCACAUCCACUCCCCAUUAACAGCAGCAGGAUUCCAACAGAGGAUCCAAACCUUUCCAAAGUUUGCUGUAAUGGGAACUCCCUGGAAGCAAAGUCGAAGGUGCCACGAGAGAUUUUUAAUCAGGGCUCAAAAGUGGAUGUUGUUUUAAUAUUUGCUUUAAAUUCAAACCAAAGAGACUUCAGGCUUCAUUUGCACCUUCUUGUAAAACGUUAUUUUUCUAUGACAGUAUCAUUUUUUAUUUAUGCAAAUGUUGGUUUAUAAUUUAUAUAAGGGAAAGACACAUUGUAAGAAAAUGAUGUGAAGCCCAGAAAGUGUCAGAACACAAGAAGUUUGUUUUCUUUUCAAAAACUUUUUCAUAUAAUAAAAGAAAACUCCACCACCUCUUCCCUACAGGAAUCUAAGCCAGUGCCUGAUGGCUGAGCAAGCACUGAUAAUUCAUGGAAGCCACAUUCACAGUGCCAAAAAAAAUAUAUUUAUUUUUAU